AUGUGUAGGGCCUUCCCUACAACGCUGAAGGGCCCUGUAAGGGUGUGGUUCAGCCGACUGACGCCUAACUCCAUUAGCACUUUCAAGGAGCUAAGCACUCAGUUUAUCGCACACUUCAUCGGGGGACAUAGGUAUAAGAAGUCCACGACGUGCUUGAUGAGCAUCAAGCAACAAGAGAACGAGACACUGAGAUCUUACAUAACCUACUUCAAUAAGGAAGCACUCUCAAUCGAUGAAGCCGACGAAAAAAUACUUGUAGCAGCCUUCACGAAUGGAUUGCGGAAGGACGCGCUGCUGGCUUGGGAGAAAAAGCCCAAGAAGAGGGAGAGACAAGAAGACACACGACAGGACCAAGGGCGGAAGAAGGCAAGAACAGGAGACCGAAGGGAUAAAAGGCACUCUAAGCCCCUAGGAGGAAGGUUCACAAGCUUCACUCCAUUGACCGUCCCGAUAGAUCAAGUCCUAAUGCAAAUCAAGGAUGAGGGGGCUCUGAAAUUCCCCAGAAAGCUGAAGGGAGACCCUAACAAGCGAUCUAGAGACAAAUAUUGCCGUUUCCACCGUGAUCACGAUCAUUACAUAGCCGAUUGCUACGACUUAAAGCAGUAG